AUGAUAGUAAUAGAAACACCACUCUCGAUCAGUCAUUACAAGAAAGAUACUUCUCAGCAAAAUCCGGCAUCCUGCGGUGGUGCCGGAUAUGAGUUCCCUUCUGCGUGGUCGACCCGCCCAUCUUCCUCUAUGCUCAUUAAUCAAAGUCCAGUCUCGUUCUUGUCUAGCAGCGAUGAAGAUUCUUUGGAAAGAGUGCCAAGUUAUUCUUCUUCAGAAUGGUCGAACAACAGUUCACCGCUUCAAUCAUCCUCAUUCACUCCUAUAGCUAGACCUAAUACAAUGACGUAUGUAGAAAACAGAAAUCAACAACAGCAAAUUUCUGUGGAACAGCAACUGCGUCUACAACAACAAUAUUUACAGCAACAAAACGGACUAAACGAAAAGAGUAGAAAAAAGCUUAGGAUUGAAUCUGUUCCUAAUAAGUUUAUGGCAUCUCGAAAUAAUGAUGUAAAUAUUGUGAAUCAACCAGGAUCAUACGUAACACAGUCAACCCCAGAGUCGACCUUAACUGGCUUUUCAAGAUUGUAUAUUCAUCAUACGCCGCAGCAAGAAUCAUCUCGUGUAACGAAUGAGUUUAGGCUCUCAAAAAAUCAACACAAGCGAUCUCGGUCGGAAGAGGGAGACAGAGAGGUUCAUGCAUUUAUGUCUUCUCCUAAUCAUGACUCGAAAUCACGAAAAAUUGCUCACAGAUUCAAAGAAAUUGGUAACUCUAACAGAAAAUUUACAGAUGACUUUAGAAACUUUAAUGGAAUCGACAAUGCGAGAAAAGCAGAAAAACAGCGUUUGUUGACAAUCUUGUCGGUGAGUAGAGACACAGCAGCACUUAUUAUCGAAGAGAUUUGGUCUCAAUUCCACAUCAAUCCUGUUGCGAAAAUUAUCCCUCUUAAAGUUUUUCUCCAAGAGACACUUCGACGGUCGAGAACCUCAUAUUCAACACUUCAAACUGCUCUUUUUUAUCUUUUCCGCGUUAAAUCACAAAUCACGUCACGUGCUUUUCAACUUCCUAACGGAUCCAGGGAACCGAGUAGUCGUCCAAUGACGCCUACACCCGAUUCUCCAGCCUCCAAAAGAGAUAACAACGACCCAGCGACUUGUGGUCGUCGCAUGUUUCUAGCAGCGUUGAUUAUCGCGUCAAAAUACCUUCAAGAUCGAAACUAUUCUAAUAAAGCGUGGUCGAAAAUUUCCGGACUCCCCGUAAAAGAGAUCAACCAGAACGAGAUUGUAUUUUUAAAAUUGAUCGACUAUAACUUGUUUAUCAGCGAGGAUAUCUUUAAACGAUGGAGCAGUCUCUUAUUGACACAUAUUCAGGCUAUUUCCGGAUUUUCGGUGAAAAAUGCAGAUACAUUUACAAAUCAUCGAGAAGUUGAAAGAUUCCGGGAGGAAUUGCAAACACUGGAUCCAAAGACUAUGGAAUGUCAACGAAAUAGUAUUGCUGGUUUCUUGGCUACGCCAGAUUCAAGUACCCCUAGUACUCCACGAGGGUCUGAAACAGAGUUUGCGUUUAAUACAAAACCUUUGGCUGGAAAUGAUAUGAGAAACGUGCAAACUGUGAUUGUUACUGGAAAUAAUGAUAUGAGAAAUGUGCAAAAAUUGGGUGCACAGGAAAUGGAAAUAAAGAUGCAGACUGAAAGAAAUGGAACAAGUGUGUCCAGAUGUUCAUCGUCUACCGUCUCUCCAAUGAUGAUUUACGCAAAACCGAAUUCCCAAUAA